GAUGAUACCCGUUGAGUGGGUGUGUCGCAGGGUGGCGACUGGAUCUUUCCUCAAGAGGAAUCCAGGAGUCAAAGAGGGCUACCGCUUUUCUCCUCUAAAGAUGGAGAUGUUCUUUAAAGAUGAUGCCAACAAUGAUCCUCAGUGGUCAGAGGAGCAGCUGCUGGAGGCCAAACUGUGUCUGGCUGGGCUCACUAUUGGUCAGUGUGAGGUGGACAUAAUGAGCCGCAGCACUCUGGCCAUUUUUGAGAUGGUGGAGAAGGCCUGGGCCACUCAGAACUGCUCCCUGGUGGACAUGAAGAUUGAAUUUGGCGUCAGUGUGAAAAGUCGAGAGAUUGUGCUCGCUGACGUGAUUGACAACGAUUCGUGGAGGCUUUGGCCAGCUGGAGAUCGGAGCCAGCAAACAGACAAACAGGUGUACAGAGAGCUGAAGGAAGUGACCCCAGAGGCAAUGCAGAUGGUGAAGAGGAGUUUUGAGUGGGUCUCUGAAAGGGUCAAGUUGCUGCUGGAGCCCCAGGCAAGCAGCAGGGUGGUGCUUUUAAUGGGCUCCAUCUCAGACGUGGCCCAUUGUGAAAAGAUAAGAAAGGCGUGCGCCUCCUACGGGAUCCCCUGUGUCCUCAGAGUCACCUCGGCACACAAGGGUCCAGAUGAGACGCUCCGCAUUAAAGCUGAAUAUGAAGGUGAUGGCAUACCCACUGUGUUCGUGGCUGUGGCUGGGAGGAGUAACGGCCUCGGCCCAGUGAUGUCUGGUAACACGGCUUACCCUGUGAUCAGCUGCCCUCCUCUCACUCCAGACUGGGGACCACAAGAUGUCUGGUCAUCCCUCCGCAUGCCAAGUGGUCUUGGCUGCUCCACCGUGUUGUCUCCUGAAGCUUGUGCUCAGUUUGCAGCGCAGAUCUUGGGGUUGAGGGACCACCUGGUGUGGUGCAAACUGAGGGCAUCCAUGCUCAACACCUGGGUGUCUCUCAAGCUGGCUGACAAGAAGUUACAGGCCUGCAGCCUCUGAAGAGCCCAGCGUGCAUCACACUCAACAAAAGAGCUUUGGUCCAUUUAGCACCCUUGAAGCGAACUGCAGGACUGAAAACGACACAAUUCAUUUAUUGAGACCAAGUUUAUAACAUGGAACAGUUUCUAACAGAUUUGU